GUAGCCCCGCGGGAACCCGCCAGGCUCCUUCGCUGCAAGCCCAGAGGAUUCUCUCCCCGACGGCAGAAGCAGCCCAGCAGGAGCGGGGACGCCGCCAGCCAUGCCCCGGGGAGCUGGGCGCAGGGGCAGCUGAGGAUGGUGCCCAGCCUACGUCCUGCCCUCCUCCUCCUCCUGCAGGCGUUUCUCCUCUGGGACAGCCCGGUUGCAGCCUCCAUCCAGGAGCAGUACUGCGAGAGCCUGCCGCCUGUCACCAACCACACUGGUCUCCAGUGCAACGCCUCAGUGGACCUGAUCGGCACAUGCUGGCCCCGGAGCGCGGUGGGACAGCUGGUGGCUCGGCCCUGCCCCGAGUACUUCUAUGGCGUGCGGUACAACACCACCAAUAAUGGGUACAGGGAAUGCCUUGCGAAUGGGAGCUGGGCAGCACGUGUCAACUACUCCCAGUGCCAGGAGAUCCUCAGUGAAGAGAAGAAGAGCAAGCUGCACUACCACAUCGCUGUCAUCAUCAACUACCUGGGCCACUGUGUUUCGCUGGGGGCCCUCCUCGUGGCCUUUGUCCUCUUCAUGCGCCUGCGGAGCAUCCGGUGCCUGAGAAACAUCAUCCACUGGAACCUGAUCACAGCCUUCAUCCUACGCAAUGCCACGUGGUUCGUGGUGCAGCUCACCAUGAACCCAGAGGUGCACGAGAGCAAUGUGGUUUGGUGCCGCUUGGUCACUGCUGCCUACAAUUACUUCCAUGUCACCAACUUCUUCUGGAUGUUCGGCGAGGGUUGCUACCUGCACACAGCCAUCGUGCUCACGUACUCCACGGACAAGCUCCGCAAGUGGAUGUUCAUCUGCAUUGGCUGGUGUAUCCCCUUUCCCAUCAUCGUUGCCUGGGCCAUUGGGAAGCUCUACUACGACAAUGAGAAGUGCUGGUUUGGGAAGCGAGCAGGUGUUUAUACUGACUACAUUUACCAAGGCCCCAUGAUCCUGGUGCUUCUGAUCAACUUCAUCUUUCUAUUCAACAUUGUCCGAAUCCUCAUGACGAAGCUCCGAGCUUCAACCACGUCAGAGACAAUCCAGUACAGGAAAGCAGUCAAGGCCACACUGGUGCUGCUGCCCUUGCUGGGGAUCACCUACAUGCUGUUCUUUGUCAACCCUGGGGAGGAUGAGAUCUCCAGGAUAGUCUUCAUCUACUUCAACUCCUUUCUGGAGUCUUUCCAGGGCUUCUUCGUCUCUGUCUUCUACUGCUUCCUGAACAGUGAGGUGCGAUCGGCCGUACGGAAGCGGUGGCACCGGUGGCAGGACAAGCACUCCAUCCGUGCCCGCGUGGCAAGGGCCAUGUCCAUCCCCACCUCCCCCACCCGUGUCAGCUUCCACAGCAUCAAGCAGUCCACGGCUGUCUGAGCCAGGAGCGAGAGCUCCACUGGGAGCUGCACCGGGAGCCAAUGUCCCCACUGUGGGGAGCCCCUGCGAGGGGGGCACGGCACAGGACCACGUCCUGCCAGCGGCCCCAGCCCCGCGAGGAGAGCAUGAACUCACUUGGUCAUGGGACACCUGCACAGCUCCAGCCCCAUGUGCUGGGCAGGCCUGGAGGACAGGACAGCUGAGAUGCUGCUUUGUCAUCUCCCUGGCAGCUGUGUGACCUGCUGGCAUGGCAGAAAGCCAGAAGGACCUGGAGACGUUGCAGCAGCUUUCUGCCAGCUCCAUCCUGGGCAUGAUGUCUCAGGGUUGGGCAUGAUUUAUCGGGUUUGUCUGCUUUGAGGUGACAGGAAACCAGGACAGUGCUGGGUUAGCUUAUGGGGCUAAUUCCCUGGGAAGCUGGGUCAGCCUUCCAGUGAGCACAUGCUAGAAUGUUGCUGGUGGGGGGGGGGAACCCUCUAGAGGAGCCAAAGUCCUAUGUGUUGGAAGGGGAUGGAUGGAGAGCCCCAGAGUGAUUGUAGACGUUGCUUCAUGUGGCUGUGUUUUUGUAGCACUGGGGUUGAGUCCUUCCCCUGUCUCUUGCAGUGUAUCCUGGUGUCCUGUAACUGCUGCUUGGUCUGACUAGGUCAUUUCUCAUCUUGACACCAAAGGUGGGGUAAAGCAGUAGAGUGGGAGAGGCGAGGUAACUCCCCCUCCCAUGGGGAUGGGUCCCAGGGGCUCUGAACAGCCACACAGAGUUGGCUUGAUCUGGAGGGAAGCACAGGAAUUAGUUAAAUUCUCUGGUUCAGCCCAGAUGGAUCCACAGGUCUCUGCAAAGCCCUGGACCUCAGGGUCACUCCAUGUCCAUGCUCAGAGGGUGGAAAGGUGAGGGAGCUCUGCAGUGGAGCACUGGCUGAGGUCCCCAAAGGCAGGUACUGCAGGGACAAGCCCUGGCUCUGCCUCCUCGUCCGUGCCCUGUUUUGACCUGGGCAGGUGGGCCCAGUGCCAAAGCUGCUCCUUGCUCUUGAGCAGGGGAUGGGACCAAACCAUCCCCACAUUGGGGUUAAGUGCCUUGGAGGAGCAGCAGCCUCCUUUCCUCCCUUCCCUCCCUUCCUAUCUUCCUCUCCAUUCUGGGGACUCCAGAUUGUCCCCAGUUCCCCCUCUCUCAUUGCCCUCUUCCAUGUGGUCACCAAAAGCAGCUGAGCAGAGGAGUGGAUUUGCCUUGACCUCUUUGGAGCCACCUUUUCUUUGUCCCAUAAAAGGUCUGGGGAUGCCCAGGCAGGAGACAGAUUACAGCAGGUUUAUGGGCUGUCUGCCCUCUGCAUCCCAGGGAUUUUGCUACUGGGCCAUACAGGGUGUGGUGUGAGCCCCUUCCCACUUCUGUGCCUCAGUUUUCCCACUAUAAAGAACAGGCAUAAAUAUUUUUUGUCAUGGAGAGAUUUAAGCAUCUUUGAAAUUGCAGAAUUUUGUGAUUUCCUCAGGAUAUACCACCAGAAAGGAAUAAAAUCUUGCAUCUUUUUAUUUGAAGAGAAGCAUAGGGAAAAUCCUCUGGGUUCUUUCUUCAAACAUUUGUGAAAUUCAGUAGUUUAGAGCAAAUUCCUUACACUUCCCUCCCAUUUUCAUUUUCUACCUGCAUGUCUACAGUGCAGCAAAACUGGAAAUAUCUCAUUGACUCCAAUAAUCUGCUGGGAACAGCAACAGUUCCCAGUAUGACACAGUGACCACAACAAGGACCAUACACAUAGGGCACGUUUCAGUCUUUGUUCAAGUUCAGCCACUGCCAACAGUCCCCAAAACUGCCCCUUCUUCAAAAUACGGAUGUGAAAAAGACCCCUGGAGUUAUGCAAUGGGAAAAGUGGCAGCUUCCAGCCCUAUGGACACUUUCUGCUGAUGCCCUACAAGGAGUAGACUUGCGUCUUCUGUGUCUUGGUUUCUCUGUUGGGUACUUCAGCAGGAGCUAAUAAUGAUCUGCUGACAAUGGAGAAGGGGAAAUGUCCCAGAGAGCUUUUUUUCCUCAUCCCUGCAAGUGAUGUUGCCAAAAAAAUGAUGUGCUACAUGUUCAACUUGGAUUUUUCUAAAGUGGGGUCUUCUGGUGGAAAGAAGCUGGAAAUUGAAAAACCAAAGAAAGAAACCCAAACAGAAGCAUCUGUGUUCACAUCACUGUUUCUCCCUUCUCCUCUUGGUGGUCUGCUCCAACUGAUGUGACUUUGCUUUCCAUAGCUGGAGUGUGUAUUCUCAGUCUUGUUUGAUUAAAAAUACUUCAAUUCCUCUUCCAAGGACUUUUGGAGCAUGUUUAUCUUUUGGAAAAGACAACCCUGGCAUGGCCCCUCCCCAGUUUCCAUGGGUCAUCCUCACACUGCAGUGGGCUCAGCAUCCCACUUGUCCAGAGGCUCUUCUGCCUCCUUUCUACCCCAACUCCAUGUGCCCAAGAGCAUGGAGGUGGCUCUCCACAAAGGUAUCUACACCAUCUCAUCCAAGAGAAUCCCUCACAGGUUUUUCAGACAAUCAGGGCUGGAGAAAGUCCUCCACGUUUUCCCCCUUGCCAGGUGAGCUAAUACAGAAUAAAAAUGUAACAUGCUUCACAGCAGGAGGAGGGCCAAUUAAACUCGACUUUCAUUUCAUACAUCAAUGUUUACAAGUGAAAUUCAGACACAAGCAGAUUUCUGGUCAAGGUCUUCUGAUGCACAAUUAAUUCAUUGAUCACACAGAGCCUUGGAGAGCACUGUAAUUUAGUAAGCACCAUGCACAUAAAUAAUAAUUACGCGUUCCUGCUGAUUACAUGAUUGUAUUUAAACUUAUCAAGUGACUCUGAGAUUACUGACCUGCCAAUCCAGUGCUCUUGACAAGGCUGAAGCCUCUUGGGAUGUUCCUGUGUUAACCCUUUAUGUUAUCCUGGUACCUUUAGGGCUGGGAAAAGCAAAAUGGGACUCCAGGGAUGGGAUCUCAUAGUGCUAUGGGAUAUCCCAUUGGGAUAAUGCACAGGACCUUCUCCAGCACAGUGAGAUGGGUUUUUCUUUAGCUUGUUUAUUUGGUUGACACAUUAAACCAACCAUGGAGGUUGUCGCCAGUCCUGGAGUCACUUCCCACCCUCAGCCCCACCACCUGGGAUCAAAGUUUGGGUGCCCUGAGAUAUAUCCCCAGCAAACCAAGGGCCAGCAAUGGAGAAAUCCUGCCCUCCAGAGCCUGAAUGGAAAAAGAGGGAAGCUCAUGAUCCUGAUUCCCUGUGGAGGAUCUGUGCCUUCAUUCCAUCUUCCAACUAGGCUGCCCUGUGCAAAUAUCCCCACUGCCAGAGCCAGGACCUCCCAGUUCCAUGGCACAUAAAUCACAGGGUUUAUGGCUGGUAUUUAAAGCAAGGUGAGGCUGUCAUUCCCCUUCCUCAAACAACACAUAUCUGUCUGGUGGUCCACAGCUUUGGACCAUUCCUGGAUGUUGAACCCUGCUGUACCUUCCCAGGCAGGUAAGGACUCUGGAAAGGGUAGGAGGUUGAGAGGGAGAGGAAAUCUCAUGGCAGUUUCAGUGGGUUCAGUUGUGCCUUUCAUCACUGUCCGCCUCAAGAUGCCUCUCAUCUGUGAUAUGUUGUCCUUUGAGCACUGCUGAACUCCCAAAUAAAUAUUUCAUCCUUUAAUUCCAA